UGGGGCUAGAGUGCAGAGGCUGGCAAAGGAGAGCACCUGCGUGGUGAGAACCCAGCCUGAGCCGAGGCGGAAUAUUGCUAUGGACAGCAACCAUCAACCUAAUUAUAAACUCAAUAAAACUGAGAAGAAGUUCUUAAGGAAACAGAUUAAAGCCAAGCAUACUUUGCUGAGACAUGAAGGCAUUGAGACAGUAUCCUAUGCCACUCAGAACCUGGUUGUUGCCAAUGGUGGUUUGGGAAAUGGUGUGAGUAGGAAACAGCUGCUCCCGGUUUUAGAGAAAUUUGGACCGGUGGAUGCUCUCCUGAUGCCACCCAACAAACCCUACUCAUUUGCACGAUACAAAACUACAGAAGAAUCCAAGAAAGCCUAUGUUACUCUCAAUGGAAAAGAAAUAGUAGAUGAUUUAGGACAGAAGAUCAUUCUGUAUUUGAAUUUUGUGGAAAAAGCACAAUGGAAAGAGUUGGAGCCUCAAGCCUUACCACCAGGCCUCAUGGUAAUAGAAGAAAUAAUUUCUUCUGAGGAUGAGAAAAUGCUUUUGGAAAGUGUUGAUUGGACAGAAGGUACAGAUAAUCAAAAUUGCAAAUUUUCCAUGUGGAAUCAGCAGUUCAGUACCAAUGUAAAAUGGUUGAAGGAAGGUUACAUUAAACAUAAACCUGAUCAAUUGACCAUAAAUCAGUAUGAACCUGGACAUGGAAUUCCUGCUCAUAUUGACACACAUUCUGCUUUUGAGGAUGAGAUCGUUUCUCUCAGUUUGGGGUCAGAGAUUGUCAUGGAUUUUAAGCACCCAGAUGGUGUCACAGUGCCAGUUUUGCUGCCUCGUCGGAGCCUGCUGGUGAUGACGGGAGAAUCUAGAUACCUUUGGACCCACGGUAUUACACUGCUAAAAUUUAUAAAUAUUCAGGUUAGUGAGGGAUUGAAAAGUGGAAUUAUCACCAGUGAUGUUGGAGACUUAACUUUAAGCAAGAGGGGAAUACGGACAUCAUUUACAUUUAGGAAAGUGAGGCAAACACCUUGUAACUGUAGUUACCCGUUGGUCUGUGACAGCCAGAGGAAAGAGUCUCCUCCCUCAUUUCCAGAGAAUAAUAAAGAGGCCUCACAGCUGGAGCAAGAGCACGUCCAUCAGGUUUAUGAAGAGAUUGCCAGGCACUUCAGCAGCACGAGACACAGCCCAUGGCCAUGCAUCGUGGAGUUUCUGAAGGCUUUGCCAAGUGGUUCGAUAGUGGCUGAUAUUGGGUGUGGGAAUGGAAAGUAUCUUGGCAUCAAUAAGGAGUUAUAUAUGAUUGGUUGUGAUCGUAGCCAAAACCUGGUGCACAUUUGUAGAGAGAAGCAAUUUCAGGCCUUUGUCUGUGAUGCGCUGGCAGUACCAGUCUGCAGUGGGUCUUGUGAUGCCUGUAUCUCCAUUGCUGUUAUUCACCAUUUUGCAACAGCAGAACGUAGGGUGGCAGCUCUCCAAGAACUUGUUCGGCUCCUGAGACCUGGUGGGAAGGCACUCAUUUAUGUCUGGGCAAUGGAACAAGAAUAUAAUAAGCAGAAGUCCAAAUAUCUUAGAAGAAACAGAAUUAGCCAAGAAAAGAAAGAGGAGGUAAACAGUGAUGCCUCAGUGCAAGGGUUGCUUGUGGAGCAAAUGCCUGACAUGGACAAUCAAGACUCAGCAUCUUCUGUGUCCUCCAUUAAUGACUUCCAGGAAGGAGGAUGUGAUUCAAGGAAAGUUAUGAAUUCCAAGCUGCCUAUUCAUACUAACAGGACUGCUUUUCAUUCUCAAGAUGUACUGGUUCCCUGGCACCUUAGGGGAAACCCUGAUAAAGACAAACUUGUUGAGCCAUUUGGUUUAGCAGGAUCCCAUGACCCAAGUCCAGUGUUUCAUCGUUACUACCAUGUGUUCCGCGAGGGAGAAUUGGAAGCUGCCUGCCAGACUUUGAGUAAUGUCAGCAUUCUGCAAAGCUACUAUGAUCAAGGAAAUUGGUGUGUGAUUCUUCAAAAGAUCUGAUUAUUUAUAUAAACGUAUCAUACAUAAAGAAGAAAUGUUCA